AUGCGCCGUCGCGUCUGCAUUUUCCUCACGUCCAUCGUGCUGUUCGCGUGGGCGACGACGAACGAUUUGUUGAGGCAACCGGAUGUCGAUAUCCAAUACGAAGCCGACACCGACAUUUAUAAUGUGACUGUUGAAGAAGGAGCAUCAAGAAGGCUGACCGAAUUCCUCCUGAAAAAGCAUCACCCUUGUGCUCCACCGGAUGGUCGCCUCAUCGUUGAGUACGAGCUGGAGAUUGUUCACAUUUUAGGAAUCGACGAGCUGAAGCAGACGAUGACCGUGCUCGUCUACGUGGACGAGCGGUGGAACGACAAGACGUUAUCUUGGGAUCCUGCCGAAUUCGGGGGCAUUGAGAAGACGUGGCUCCCUCUCGAGAAAAUCUGGGUGCCCGACAUCAUCAUUUUCAAUAUGCUGGACCACGAGGAUCUGCUGACCGCUGUACGAGCACCCGGGCUCAUCUACUACAACGGGACCGUGGAGACGUCGAAGCCGUUCGUGUCUACAGUAUCCUGCGAGAUCCACAUCGAGCACUUCCCCCUCGACGACCAAAACUGUUCUUUGGAGAUCGCCUCGUGGACGUACGGCAAGGACAAAAUCAAGCUCCACGGGCACAAGGAGCACGCAACGGACCACUAUACGCAGAAUGAGGAGUGGAAUUUGUUGAGGGUGCACGUCGUCGAGCAGGAGUUUGACCACGAGGGGAUCAACGUUUCUGAGAUCAAAUACGAGAUUCACGUGAAGCGGAAGCCGCUGUUUUACAUGGUGACCCUCACCUUCCCCUCCUACAUCAUGUGCGCCAUUUCCGUAGUCGGACUCUACGCAAGAUUCUCAACCACAGGAGAGCGAGAGGAGCGCUUCACCCUCGGAGUCACUGCCAUCCUGACCAUGGCCGUGUUGUCGCUCGUAGUUUCUGAGAAAGUACCACACUCAUCUACUGAUGUUCCUCUACUCGUUGCCUACUUCCUGUUCAACAUGGUGGUGGUAUCGGUGGCGGCGAUGACGACGGGGAUCGUCAUGAGGGUCCACCGAAUGGGGCGUUACGGUAGAGAGCCACCGGCGUGGCUCGUCUACAUCUUCUUGUUGAGGCCAAACAAAUAUUCGCGAAUCCGCCGUUGCCCUUCUUCCCCACUUCACCAGGUCGUCGUUCCGGAACGUAACGGAACCACUGACGUGACGCAGAAGAAGAUACGGCUGAUAGAGACGUUUAUAAAGCGAUUGAUCGAGGCGUGCGAGCAUAUACAGGCCCAAAUGGACGAAGUCGACGUCGUUGAGCACGUCUCCAGCCGACGUCGUCAAGAGGGGAACGGCUUCGUCCGGAUCGCCGAGCGCCUGGACCUCAUUUUUAUGACCUUUUUCCUUACGAUUGUCACGAUUCCGGUCGGACGUCGAAAUGUCCAUUUCAACGUGGGAGGAGGUGCUGCCGGGGAGGAAGAGCGGAAGACGACGGAUACGGUACACGAGGGGCAGCACACGCUGAAUCAGAAGAGCUGGAGAAACAUUGCUACCCUCGAGCACCCGCCAAUCAUCGAUUUCUACCGUGAUUCCAUCGAUGCCGUUGACGUCAAUAGGCCCUCAAUGGCACAGCUGAUCCAUGGUCAUGGAGAGCAGCCGAUCCACGAGGAGAGCCUGGAAAUUGAUCAGUUUAAAGAAGAAGCGCUUCACGUCCUCGACCAACAUCCGCCUAUUGAUGAGCCCGGCAGGGAGGAGGACAAGGAGAAAAUCGAGAAGUUGAAGGCACCAGAUCAAGGAGCGGGCAGAAAGAAAUUCGGUUGGAUUGAGGGCGUCUUCGUUCGGUGCUUGCUGAGCAUCUUCGGCGUCAUCCUGUACCUCCGUAUCUCCUGGGUCACCGGGCAGGCGGGAAUUGUCCUCGGAAUCCUGAUCGUGCUCCUCUCCACCCUCGUGACAGUCAUCACAGCAAUCUCAACAUGUGCCAUCUGCACCAAUGGAGAAGUGAAAGGGGGCGGCGCCUAUUUUCUGAUCUCCCGCUCACUUGGGCCGGACGAGCUCAACUUCAUCCGAAUCGUCGCCAUGCUGUUCCUCCUCACCAUGGUUGCCGUCAUCUUCAUCGGAACCUCCUUCGAGUCAAAGAUCCAGAUGGGGCUCCUCGUGCUCCUCCUCGCCUCCAUCGUCGACUACUUUGCCGGGGCCCUGAUCCUGGAGCCUACGAUGCACACCAAAGUGCGAGGAGCAACUGCUUUGAGCAUGCGAACCUUCCUGGCAAAUCUCACGCCUCAAUUCGGGAGAAGGAGAACUUCUUCACCGUGUUUGCCAUCUACUUCCCGGCCGCUACUGGAAUUAUGGCUGGGGCGAACAUUUCUGGGAGAUUUGGCGAAUCCGCAGAAAGCCAUCCCUCUCGGCACCCUCCUGGCCAUCCUCGCCACCACGAUCGUCUACAUCUUCAUCGUCAUCUUCACCGGGUCCACGAACGUGCGCCAUGCUGACGGUAUUCUGGAGCCGAUGUGGGACGCCGUCGGGUUUUUCGUCCCCCCAAACUGCACGAUCGAAGAGGGAGGCUGUAAAUAUGGGCUCCUCAAUUUUUAUCAGGUGAUUGAGAUGCAAGCCCUUUUCGGGCCUCUCAUCACUGCCGGAAUCUUCGCUGCCACGCUGUCCAGUGCUCUCGGAAGUUUAGUAGCGGCUCCGAAGAUUUUCCAGGCCGUCUGCAAGGAUCGCCUCUUCCCGGGCAUCGACUACUUUGGCAAGGGCUUCGGGCGUGAUGAAGAGCCACGAAGAGCUUAUGCUCUCGUAGCCGUACUCGCUUUACUCGUCAUCCUUGUCGGCGACCUCAACGCCAUCGCCCCGAUCAUCUCCAACUUCUUCCUGGCCUCGUACGCCAUUUUGAACUACGCCUGCUUCGAUCAAUCGUUCGCCGACUCACCAGGCUUCCGCCCCGGCUUCAAAUACUACAACAAGUGGGUCUCCCUCGCCGGCUCCAUCCUGUGCGUCGUCGUCAUGUUCAUCGUCAGCUGGAUCACCGCCCUGCUGACGUUUUUCUUCUUCGCGCUGAUCUUUAUCUACCUGUGGCACCGGAAACCAGAUGUGAAUUGGGGCUCAUCCACUCAAGCUCACAGCUAUCGUAACGCGCUGGCCGGGAUGGUGAAGCUGGCUAACACGGAGGAGCACGUCAAAAAUUACAGACCCCAACUCCUCGUCCUGACCGGAAACCCGGCGUCCCGGCCCUCACUUGUCGAUUUUGUCGGCAACAUCACGAAGGGAAAUUCCUUGAUGGUCUGCGGCUACGUCGUGCCUGUAGCCACUGGAUCGUUUGCCGAGAAUUUCCCGUUCGAUUUCGACCUAGACGACUCCGAAGCAGACAGUGAGGGCGAGUACCUCGACGCGGAGGAUGAAAAACCUCAAACUACAGAGGAAUGCGAGCGGAUCCCGCUCAAAGAACAAAAGACGAAUAUGAGCAUCAGGAGGAGAGGGUCUCGUCGAACCACCGUGGAGCAGAAGGCCCUCCUCACGUCAAUGUCUCGAUUUUCGAAGAAGAUUCGCGAGGGAACGAUUGACGUCUGGUGGCUGUAUGAUGAUGGAGGGCUUUCACUGCUGAUUCCGCAUCUCUUAACGAUUCCAAAAUCAUAUUUGGAGGGCGCUAAACUCCGUGUCUUCUCCAUUUCGACGUCGAGACAUACGAUGGAGGCUGAGCAGCGAGGACUCGUCGCUUUGUUGACGAAGUUCAGAAUCGACUUCAGCAACGUGUCGGUGAUGUCGGACAUUGGGAAGAAGCCGAAACCGGAAACG